AUGAAUACAAGCUUCAACAAUGAACUACAACAAUUACAAAUGGAGCUACGUGCUCAAAAUUUUGAUAUUAUUCGUUUUUCUACAUAUCGAACGGCAUGUAAAUUACGUUUCAUUCAAAAGAAGCUAAACUUUCAUCUUCUUGAUUUAUUAAAUGUAAUUGAAUCCCUUCGAGAAUGUUUAACAUGGCCAUCAUCCGAAUUAAGUUCAAAUAGUUUAUCACCAACAAAUCGUCGUACACCAACACCUAUUCAAUCUACAUUACCCAAUAAUGAUCAAUAUCUUUCAAUAAAUCGUUUAACAACAUUUUUAACAUCAAUUUAUACAAAUUUAAAUAAACGUUUACCAUCAUCACAACAAAUUUUACAUAUUGAAAAUUGUGUUCAUUCAGCUAUUGCUUGGUUUUUAUAUGUUUAUAAUACUAAUGAAUCAGCAAAUAAUUUUUCUAUACGUUUUAAUUCAUUUCGUGUUGUUCUUGUACUUUUAUGUACAGGUAAAUUAGUUGAUAAAAUGCGUCAUUUAUUUACAUCUUAUUUACCAUCAUCAUCUACGACAUUAACAUAUAUACAAAUUGAUGAACUUUUACAUGAAAUACUUGCAUUACCAUAUGCCUUACAAGAAAUAUCAUAUUCAACAUAUCGUUCAAAUAAUGCUCAAUUAAUGUUUUCACAUCUAUCAGUAACUUCAAUUAAUCUCAAUGAAUUUCUUGAUACUUUAAUUUAUAAUGAUACAACACCAAAUUGUUUACAAUGGCUUAUUAUAUUUCAUCGUUUAAUUAGCGUUGAAAAUGUUAUUCAUCGUGUUAAAUGUUCAGCUUGUCAACGUGCAUCAUUUUCUGGUUUUCGAUAUAAAUGUCAACAAUGUCAUGAUCGAACAUAUCAAUUAUGUCAAGAUUGUUUUUGGCGUGGAAGAGUAUCUGAUCAACAUUUACCAACACAUGAAAUGAAAGAAUAUACAUUUUUUACAUCACCUGUUAAAGAAUUUCGACAAUCAAUUCGAAGAUCAUUUCAAUGUAUGCCAAAAAGUGAAGAACGUCGUUCAAACAUAGUUUCAUCAUCAACAUCAACAUCACCACGAUUUUUUUCAUGGAAAUGUCGAAAUAAUAGUAUAAAAAGACAUCCACCACAAUCACAAUCACAACAAACACAACAAUAUCAAUCACAACAAACACCUGGAUCAAUAUCAUCACCAUCAAGUCCAUUGAUGAUGGAAAAAGAACAGAUAUCUUCAUGUUCAUCACCACAACUUGUCCGACUUAAUACACCAAAACCGAUGCAUAUCGAUGAACAACGAACGUUAACAAUGACAAAAAAUACUAUUCGAAAAAUGGAUGAAAAUAGUAAUCAAUCUGAUAUGGAUGAACAUAUACAAAUUGCAUUAUAUGCACAACAAUUAGCAUCAAUUGAUGAUAAACAAAAACAAAAUCCAAGUGGAAUUCAACCACCAAUAAGAUUUCCAUCAUGUCCAAUGAAUUUACAAAUGAAUAAUCAAUAUUAUCCAAGAACAAUGACAACAACACCAUCAACUAUGGUACCUAUGUCAUCAAUUCGAUCAAUGCAAAUGGAUCAUCAAAGUGCAGAAAAACGUUUAAUUAUUUCGAAACUUGAAGCAAAAAAUAGACGUAUUCUUCGUGAAAUUAAUACACUACGUGCUCAACUUAAACGUCGUAAUUCACUUGAUUAUGCUAAUUCAAGUUUACAAAAUGAAUUUCAUGCCUAUAGUGAUACGGAUGCUAAUACAACUGGUCUUUAUCCUUCAUCUCCUGGUCUUUCAUCAUCAAUGAAUAGACUUGAACAACGCUAUGCUCAAACAUUGCCACAUCAACGCUCAAGUCCUCGUCAUGAAUCAUCGUCUUAUCAUCACUAUCAACAAUCGCAACCAACACGUAAUCGUAUCCAUCAAAUGAGACGUGCGGGGUCAACAGAAACAAAUCCAUAUUUAGAACAUGAAUUACAAACAUUAUUAUCACGUAAACUUCAAUUAGAAUCACGUAUUGAUCAUUUACAACUAAGUAGAGAAGAAUUAACAACACAAUUAGAUACACUUGGUAAAAUUUUACGUUAUUCACCUCAUUCACAACAACGAUCAACAACAACGAGUCCACAUGGUCGUUUAAGUGUUUCACCGUCACGAAUGGUUUAUCAUACACAUGCAAAUACUUCAAAUAAUACAAGAAAAAGUAAUACUAAUGUUUCAUUUCGAAGUUAUUCAACACCACCAACACCACUUCAUGAUCAAUUAACAUCUAUCGAAACCAACGUCAGUGAAUCACCAUCAAUAAGUCAACAUACAAAAUCUCUACGAACUGAUCUGCUCAUAGCUGCUGAUUCAUUAACAUCAGCUAUGUCAUCACUUGUUCAACAAUUAAAUACUGAAAGUACCGAAUCCCUUCCAGCAGCAGUCGAAAACGUGCCUGAUAUACCAAAUAAAAAUGAAUCGAAUAUUAUAAACGAAAUUAAAGCAAAUCAUAAUGAACAACAACAACAACAUCCAAAAUCUUCAAAUACUACUAAUGGAAAUAAUAAUCAUCAUCAUGAUAUUAUUGGAAAUGAUAGUGGAAGUCGAACAGAUGAAGAAUCACUUUUAACAUCAGAUGAUGACGAUGAUGAUGAUGAUGAAAGACAUGAAGAACGAACUACAGAUGAUGAUCUUUUGAGAACAACUGAUGAUGAUGAUGCUACUGGAGGUAUUCGAGCAAUGAAUUCGUUUAAUUUAUCAGCAACAAAACGAAAAGCACCUGUAGCAAGCGAUCAACAACAGUGA